AUGGCUCGCCGUCGCAAGUCCAAGCGCAAUAAGUUGCAAUUGCCCAUCGACAUUAUCAGCCUCAUCUUCGACCACGCCGCGGUCAUUGAUCCUCCUCACCGUCGCCACCGCGUUGCUCCCAACCGUGUGCGACCUACUCUUGGGUGGAUUACCCUGACGCAUGUCUGUAGCAGCUGGCGCGCUGUUGCUCUGAGUACACCGACCUUAUGGGCCGCCAUCGUGACCACACUCUUCAACACCUCUGCCGUGACCACGUUUCUCGCACGCGCGGGCAGCUGCCCUCUUACCCUCGAUUUUUUCGAAGGCUUCCCAGUGGGAAGAACGAUCACAGACCACAGGGAGGGGGAUGACAGCCGCUCCAACGCCAUAAUUUCCUUGUUGAAGGAACAUCUUUCGCGAGCUGGCGUUCUGACGGUACACCUGACUGAUUUCCAGCAUCAUGGUGGCGAGGUGCCCUCGACGCUGCCCAGUCUAUACAGGAUCCACGUGACGCGUAGGAUGACCGCCCAUCAAGUACCUGGCGGGUCUCUCCUUCAAACGCUGGAGCUGAACGCCCCGAAGCUACGUUCCGCCACCCUACAGGAUGUUAUCCUAUCGUCUGACCGCGCAAGAGGCUUACGCGAGCUACGAAUGGAUUUGUCGCGCGCAUCUUGGGCGUCUCUCAAAGAGAUUCACGACUUCAUGCGCUGCUGCACUCAGCUGGAGACUCUGCGCAUAGACUUUGCAUCACCGAUUAGUGUUAAUGGCCUGCAUUAUCACCCACGGGAGAUUCGUUUAGCCAAUUUGAAGCGCGCCAGGCUAUAUUCGAACUCGGACCAGUCGAUUUGCGACAUAUGGCGUCCCGUCGUCACGCAGGAUGACAUUGUCAUCCACGUCGACUGUACAAGCGUCCACACCUCAAUCGAGACCCCGCUCUUCGAGGUGUGCGCAGCUCAGAUGCUCUCGGGGCACUACGACGUUAUAGAUCUGGCUGUGGACUACGCGCAUCGGCUGCGUAUCAUCAUCUACAAGCGCUCUGCACAGCACGCUUCUCACGCAUGGAUGCUUUCCACAUAUCAACACAACCGCGGCGAUCUGCUCUGCCUUCUCCCCAACCACAUUCGCGCAGAGCUGAUUCGCACUCUGGCCAUCGACUCUACCUUCGGCCUGAUCUCGGACAGCAGCAUCAGCGACGUCUUACGCGUCUUUGGGACGGCGUUGACGGGGCUCACGGAGCUCAAGCUCAGACGUAUGAAUCAGUGGCCCGCGUCGCUGUACGUCCGCGCGGUCGGCCGCGGCAAGCCUGGCGCACCCGCAUUUCGGUCGUUGCGGUAUCUGAGGAUAGCCGAUCUCGAGCUUCAAGGAGUCUCCCGCCAGUCUGGGCGUUCAUUGGCUCAGUACUGGUGGGACACGCUCAAUACGGCUCUCAGUGCGCGGCUGCGGGCCGGCAGUGAGGCAUGCGAAUUCAAGUUGCAGUCUCUCGUGCUCGAGGGGACCUGGUCAAUCCCACAGGCUUUCAUGUGGGACCUCUCGCACGAUGGAGAGGAGCUUGCGAAGGUGACUUCGCUAGGGCUAGCGCAGGAGGUGGUCGAUAAACGCUCGUGCACGCAGGGUGAAGUUCGCUGGAAGUGA